CUGCGAGAUUGGCGCAGCGAGUCAACCCCAGCACAAAUAAGCGACGCAGUUGAUAUGCUCAGUGGUAGCAGAGCUGGGAACUAUGGCCUGAGACCCGACAAGGCGCAGACGGAGAUAGGAAGACGGUUUCCAAACCGCGUGACACGAAUUGUCACGCCCCCGAGUCCGAGAGGUGGGGAGGGAGGGGAAGAGAGCAGUCAAGAGAACGAAUGCAGUCGGAGUUUAGACCACGGCCAAGCGAUGCCCCUUCCGAACAUAGCAUGUUGCGAGAGGGCCAGGACCGCAUCGGAUUCGGUGGUAGCUAGCGACGCGAGAGCUUCUGCCUGCAGCGAUAUAUAUACGUGA